GAAUAUCGAUGUAAGAUGGCUUUGUUAACUCGACAGAUCUCCAGAUGUUAUUGUUUGGUGAAGAAAUGCAACAUCAUGAACAGUAGAGAACUGAGCAAACAAACAGUGAAAAUGUGGACUUUUCCUCUAAAGCAGCCAUGUUUGCCAUUGUUGUGGCAUUGCAGAUAUCUCCGUCAACCAGUAUUAAAGAACUCUAGAACUCUACUUUUUGAUAACGUCAUAAGAUUCUGCAGUUCAAGCCCUAAUUCUGCCCUAAAUCCAAGUCCUGAAAACAAUUCACUUUCUUUAGUUAAUAAACAAACUGAACCAAGAUCAAGUUCUGACUCCAAAGUGUUGGAAGAAGGAUGGGAAGAGCCAUUGCCUUCAUCAGCCUUGGAGGAGAUUUCAGAAGAUGAAGCUGUUCAGAUUGUAGCUGAGCCACCACUUCCUUUUGAAUCUUUCACGCUUCAUGAUUAUGUUGAUCGCUCCGAAACCCUACAGAAGUUGGUGCUUCUAGGAGUUGAUUUGUCUAAAGUGGAACAACGUCCAGGUGCAGCUCAGCUUCUUCUGAAGUUAGACUUUGAAAAAGAUAUUGCAAAAAUACUUCUGUUUCUUAAGGAUGUUGGUGUGGAAGAAAAUCAGCUUGGGGCAGUCCUCACUAAAAACCCUUAUAUUCUCAGAGAAGAAGUAGAAGAUCUAGAGACCAGGGUGGCUUAUCUAACAUCAAAAAAAUUCAGCAAGGAGGCAAUCACACGGCUUGUCUCGCAGGCUCCACAUUUACUUCUCUUCUCUGUGGAAAGGCUGGAUAAUAGGCUGGGUUUCUUCCAAAAAGAACUCGGGUUGAAUGUGAAAAAGACCAGAGAUUUAGUAACUCGUCUUCCAAGGUUACUGACAGGCAGUCUUGAACCAAUUAAAGAAAAUCUGAAGGUGUAUGAACUUGAACUUGGCUUUAGUCAAAAUGACAUUAGGCACAUCGUAUACACAACUCCCAAGACUCUGGGCAUAAACAAAAGGAAACUAACAGAGACGUUUGAUUACUUGCACAACAUGAUGGGCAUUCCGCACAGUAUCAUUGUUCAUUUCCCUCAGGUUUUUAAUUCAAAACUAUUACGAAUCAAAGAAAGACAUUUGUUUCUUAAAUUCCUGGGAAGAGCACAGUAUGAUCCAAAGGAACCCAGCUACAUUGCCUUGGACAGGCUAGCUGCCAUGCCUGAUGAGGCAUUCUGUGCAGAAAUGGCCAAAACAUCCCUGCAGGACUUCCAAAGUUUUUUGAAAACACUGUAA